UCCCUCCUAGGCCCUAGCUCGACGACGGGUUGGUUAGUAGGGGUGGUCUGUGAGGAGCGAGGAGGAGCUCGACGGCGCGUCCUCUCUGAGAUGGCACACCCUCGCCGACGCCGGUGAGGUAGGGCCGGCCGAUGGGGGGAGGCGCCGGUCGAGCGAGAGAGCUGGGACGCUGCUCGCUGCUCUGCUCUGCUUCUUGUUCUGGCUGCUGCCGCUGCUUGUUGCUCAUUGCUGCCGCUGCUUGCUGCUCUGCUUCUUAUCCUAUCCUAGUGUUGCAAUCUGUACUGAAAUUAUUGUGGUGUAUGUUGUGUUGUACCGUAUAGCCAUUAGAAAUAUUUUUGUAGAGCAGCCUCUCAAGUGAUUUGACAGAGGAAAAAACUUGAUAGAAAAUGAAAAUUGUGAAGAUCAUGGACUGAAAAUUGUGAAGAUCAUGGACUGAAAACCUCUGAUAAACUCUAAACUGUAGUUGCUAUUGCAAAUUAUACUGUAGUAAGCAAAACCUACAGGAUUAGAAGAAGCCACAAUGGAAGGAAGCAUCAGCGGUCCGUCAGAGAAAAGGGUUGCCGUGGUGACCGGAGGGAACCGGGGGAUGGGGCUGGAGAUAUGCCGGCAGCUUGCGGGGCACGGGCUCGCCGUCGUCUUGACGGCGAGGGACGACAAGAGGGGCGCUGAGGCAGCCGAAACGCUCCGGGAGGAGGGGCUAUCGGACGUCGCGUUUCAUCAGCUGGAGAUCAGCGAGCCCGCCAGUGCCGCUCGUCUGGCUGCUUUCGUAAAGAAGAAGUUCGGCAAGCUUGACAUACUGGUCAACAAUGCCGGAGUGCUCGGGGUGACCACGGACGUCGGCGACCCGGCGACCCUUCACGAAACGCUUGCAGGCAAGGAUGGGAUGGAGAGAGCCGAAUGGCUGAGGCAACGGACCACACAGACCACCCAGGAUGCAGAGGACUGCCUGAGGAUCAACUACCACGGCAACAAGACCGUCACGGAAGCCCUCCUCCCGCUCCUCCGAUCAUCCUCCGACGGCAGAAUCGUCAACGUAACCUCAGCCUGGGGGCUGCUCAGGUAUUUCAGCGGCGACGAGCUCCGGCGGGAGCUGGACGACGUCGCAAACCUCACGACGCAGCGGCUCGACGAGAUGUCGGACCUGUUCCUCGAGGACCUGGGCAAGGGCAAUGGCGCGCUGGAGCGCCGCGGGUGGCCGGCCGACCCGGUCUACGCGGCCUACAUGGCCUCCAAGGCGCUGGUGUGCGCCUACACCAGGGUGAUCGCCAGGGAGGAGGGCGCCGCGCUGCGGGUCAACUGCGUGCACCCCGGCUACGUCCUCACCGGGAUGAACGACUACACCGGCGUCCUCACGGCCGCGGAGGGCGCCGCCGCCGCGGUUGCAGUUGCACUGGCGGAGAAGGGGGGCGUCACCGGCGCCUACUUCGACCGCACUGAACUCGGAGCGUCCUUUGUGUGAUUUCUCCGUGGAGCAGUUGUGACAUAAGUAUAUCUAGAAUUAUGUUAUCUUUGCAAUAACACCAUGUCAUGAGUUGGUCCAGAUAUGGAGAAUUAUGUUGUGUUCACUUUUUUCUCUCUCUCUCAGAACUACUCUCCGUUCACUAUUAUAUGAUGUUCUAACUUUUUUUAUAAAUCAGAUGUAUGUAGACACGUUGUAGUGUGUUUGUUC